UUUUGCAAAUUCACUUUCGCACGCAUUUCGAUUUCGAUGCGUGGAUGCAUUCGCCUUGUACGGCAGUGAAGGUCAACGAUUGCAAUAAAUAUUUUGAAUUUCAUGCGGCGUUCAAGUAGAGUAAUGAAAGCGUGAAAUAGAGCGUUGCGUAUAUUAUAAAUUUCAUGUUUAAUUUGAUGCUAAAUGUACGGGAAGACGUUACGAGGUGCAAGAAGAAGUGUGUUAUUGACCGCUCGUCCUUUGACAAGGUAAGCUGGAUCUGCAUUUCAAGCCAGUUUGCAUUUCCUCAAGAGUUCUUCUCGUUUCUCUCCUUGAAGUGAAACGAAAAGUGGUUCGUGUAUGUUUUACAAAUUGCGGAUUAUCAUUUGAAUUUUCAUCAUAGCAGGUGAAACAUCGAAAAAGUGAAUCAGGAUGCACUUGGGUCAUAUUACCUAUUCAAUUUGGUGCUUUAUUCUGUACCACUACACGUCAGCUAAGUUUAUGUUAAAAAAUGUAACAAACAACGAAUCUGCAUUAUUUAUAUUGGCGCUAUUACCCACAUUGCUUCUACUAUUAAUGACUGCAUUAAUUACAAUAAUUUUUGGAACUUAUAAAGGAUUUGUCUACGCAUGCCUAAAGAUUUGGUACGGUAGAAAAUUCGUAAAAUUUGUCCCCGGUUGCGGAGUUGUCACGUCAUUCCACGAUAAGGACUUCAAUCAUAUAAGUGUCCUUUCAAGAAUUACAACACAUCUAUCCGGAAAUGAACUUUUUGAUCAGAUAAACGAUCAAAUAUUUGAAAAAUUCUUCAUCACUGAUAUCCGCAAUGAAUUAUUCUGCUUAUGUCCUCGUCAAAUGGGUUAUAGUUUCAUUGUGAACAUCAGAGAUCUUGAAAUUGAAGAAGUAUUCAGGGAAAUUAAAACAGAUAAGACACUCCUGACGGAAAUAGAACUACAAGAUUACGUGAAUAAAUUUUUUGGAAGUCCAAUGCCACGCAAUAAUGAACUUGCAUUUGACAUGGCGUUGUGCACAACACCUAUUGAAGACGAUGAAAACACCGAAGGUUUAAAGACGUAUGCAUUCUUUUUCAGAGUAAAACAUGCCCUUGGUGAUGGUUUGGUGUUUUAUAAUCUUUUAUCAAAUGCUUUUACAACUCCCUGUGAAGCUAAUGAAUCAUACGUGAAGAAAUUAACGCAGCCGAAUGAAAAAAUAGACAAACUGAAAGAGUGUGCAUCGCAUGUUAUCAACGUUCAUCAAGGCCCAACUUUUGAUCGGCAGCUAAUCUGGUCCGAAAAUACUCUUACAAGUGGACAAUUUGUUUCGCGCGAAGAGGACUGCAUCUGGAAGAUCCGAGAAGUUCGUAAAUGUUUCCCUGGAGUUACUUUUCUCAACGUGGUUAUUGCUGCUUACACCGCAAGUCUUGCAGAUUACUUCAAAAAGUAUAUUCCGGAUAAUAUUCCUGCUAAUAUCAACAUAGCCUGUCCGCUGCAGUUAAACGUCGGUCGUAUUCAAAGAAUGUUGACACAAGGUGGAAAAAACGAUUUCGAUAAUGAUUUCUCUGCCUUCCAGUUAGUAUGCCCGGUUGUCGUGGAUAAGAACACUGGCGAGAGUUUAAUUCAACGCCUGAUGCUGGUUCAGGCUGAAUUUGAGCGAGUGUUUAAAUCGUUUGAUAUUAUUUCUAUGUAUAUUACGUUCAAGGUGUUUUUAAAUAUUCUACCGCUACCUAUGGUGAAAAUUUUCUGUCAUCGAUUAUUUUUUGCUACCAUGUUUAGUUGCAUUCCCGGUGGACCCAAACGGGAAUUCUUUAAUGGUGCUAAAAUUAAAUGUCCUACGUUUUAUAUUCCGCUACAGCACGCGCUUGGUAUUGGUGUGAGUAUUCUUACGUAUGAUGAUAAAAUGCAGGUGGGUUUUAGUUUAGACGCGACCAAAUUUGAUUCGCAAGACAAAAUUGAUAUGUUGAUUAACGGAUUUUUUAAUUACAUUGAUUUGAUUUACCAAGAAAGUGUGAAGAGACUUAAUUCGAAUUCAAUCAGCCGACUGUAAUUUCGAUAUGUCUAUGUAUUUUGUUAAUUUAUUUGUGUCGAUUUAUUAUUGCUGCUAUGUUUGUCAUAAGCUAAUAAUUAAACUACAUUGCAAUGCA